GAAUUUGUAAAUGUUAUUUAUCCAUGACAUUUGUGACAUGAGUGGUUCAGAUUUAGUGAGCAUCAUAAUAUACAAUUCGUCAUAAGAGAAUAGAACAAUGGGUCGCAUAUUCUUGGAGCACAUGGGCGGAAAUCGGCUGUUCUCUUGUGCGAGAUGCGACACCAAUCUAACGAAUAGAUCUGAAUUGAUUAGCACUAGGUUUACCGGAGCGACUGGUCGAGCAUUUCUCUUCAAUCGCGUUGUGAACUUAACUUACAGUGAAGUCCAAGAUCGGGUUAUGCUUACUGGGCGACAUAUGGUCAGAGAUGUUUCUUGUAAAUCAUGUGAUUGCAAGCUUGGGUGGAUGUAUGAAUUUGCCACUGAAGAUAAUCAGAAAUACAAAGAAGGCAGAGUUAUCUUGGAGAGGGCACUUGUUACAGAAAGUGAUGGCAUGGAUGAACGAAAUUAUGAUCGUAGACAACAAAAUUAGUUUUAAAAAGGGAGUGUUAUUUCUAAAUGUUGCUAGUAGAUAAUUUUUAUAUAUUCAAUACAUUUAUAUAACCACAUUUUUGACUGAAGGUUUAUAUACCCAUUAAAAAGUAAAUUAUU